AUCUAUGAGCUAGAGUUUUUUUCUUUUUUUGGGGGGGGGCCACUCCUUGACCACUUUAACAUUGAAAUAGAGUUAAGAGUUUUUAAAUUGACUGGCGUAAAAUGGUCCUUGAGGUAUCCAGCGUUAAUUUUCGAGAAGCGCCUUCAUCCAUUUCCUUUUCUGGAUCUGGUUUUUUGGCCACCUACCAGUUGGGGGUUGCCCAGUGCUUUGUACAUCAUGCACCGUGGAUACUGCGCAAGGCACCAUGUAUCCUCGGUGCAUCAGCGGGUUCUUUGGUAGCCGCUGCCGUUGCCUGUGAAAUCAACCUGAUUACGAUGAGAAAUGAAAUGCUGCACUUCGCAAAAGCGAUGAACGACUUUACACUCGGACCGUUCAGCCCCUCUGUUGAUAUUCCGCGCUGGUUAAAGUACGUCUUACACAAAUAUCUUCCCACUGAUGCACAUCUCCUCGUAAAUGGACGUCUCGCUGUGGCUGUGACCCGCCUGGAUGAUGGCGAGUACACUGUUAUAACAGAGUACCAGUCCAAAGAUGAUGUCAUACAGACUCUGCUUUGUAGCUGCUUUGUCCCGGGAUAUUGCGGCAUGCUGCCUCCCUCCCUCAAUGGAGUUCAUUAUAUGGAUGGAGGUUUCAGCAAGAUCCAGCCAGUUCUGGCACCACCUAGCCGUACUUUAACAGUGUCUCCAUUCUCUGGAGAGACUGACAUCUGUCCCCCAGACCAACCCUGCAUGUUGGACAUGGUGGUGACUGGGCUCACCUUAAAGGCCAAUUUGGCUAAUGGCCUAAGAUUCUGGAAUGCACUCUACCCCGUAAAGCCAGAGACAGUGGAGCAAGCCUAUCACAGUGGCUACAAAGAUGCCUUUCGUUUUCUUCUCGGCAAUGAGCUUGUCUCAAACAUGAAAAUGAUCCCAAUUUCCGAAGAACUAGACAGCUACUUUCACACUAAAACGCCAACAAUCCGAGAGACCACUCCAGGGGAAGAAGAGGAUGAUGAAAUGGAGACAAAAGUAUUCUCCUUUCUCCAAAACAAUGAAAGCAAUCGGUCCAACACGUCUGCUGAACCUCAAUCUACAAUUGGAAAACUGAGAGUGACAGAACUUCCUCUCUCUUGGGACACGGCAAAGAAUGUUCUGAUGGGCAAUGUGACGAUAUAUGGGCGCAUGCUGGGACCUUCUGGAUUCUUGACCUACUUGCUGCUACCUUUGAUGCUGUUGUUCCAGGCCCUGGUUGAGAUUGAGGAAAUAGUCUGGGUGCUGUUCCAAAAGACUCCAGAAUUGGCUUUUUGGACUUGGUGUAGCCUAAGACAGUUUUCAUUGUUCUUUUUUGGUAUACUGUUCGGUACCUUCAAGAAAAAUCUGAAGGAGAGGGUAUCGCCCAUCAUGCUGAUGUUCAAACGAGCUCAAAACGAGGUUCCAAAAAAGCACAGUCGCCCUCCACGUCGCAAGGAGUUGCCGUGUCCUACUCACUCCGAAAGUAUCAAGUGUGGAAGUAUGCGGUCCAAACCUCCAUUACGCGGUUUAUAAAAUGCCCGAAUUAAGAGUGCUAAGGCUUCUUUAACACACUCCACAAACAGAAAGCAUAUUCGUUAAUGUGCGCUCUACUAUUCACAAUACGUACAUUGUGUAAUAUAUCUCAUAUGCUUUAACAUAAGAUUGAGACAUUAGUGGCUUGGUGCUCAAUACUCCACUCAGUGGUUAUUUUACAAAACUACAUUUUAAGAAAUUGUGUACAGGAAAACUAUUCAUUCUGAAUGAAUAAAAAGG